AGAACGUUGAGCUAUCAGAUCUUAUCAGCUCGGAUUAGCUAUGUACAGGAAAUUAGUAAGUCUCAAGCGGUUAUCCGCCGAGAAGUCGAUGCACUUGCUCAAAGAUGAUGAGGCCUCGCCAUCGGUGGCCAUUUCAGGUGGUGCUCCUCCUUCUGAUCCACCUGGCGGCCGCGGGUCAGAUCCAGGAUGCUGCCGAGGAGAUCGAUGUGCCGCCUGCCCAUCGGGCUGCUCCACCACCGCCCCGCCAGGCAGCUGGAGCUGCUGUUCCCCCACCACCACUGGGGCCACCACCACUUGUGGGCUCUGCACCGCCGCCGAGCUAUCCUUUGUUCUACCCAGCUGCGUGGCUGCCAUUCGGACGCUACAGCAACUCCAUUCCCGUCCACAUAGUGGCUGCCUAGGGGAGCGUCCUCCCACUGGCCAUAAGGUGGUCAAAGGACACUGUUGUCCCUCCUGUUGAAUCCUUUCCCUGUUAUGGUUGCUAUUUUACUCGUUAUUGCCCGCUUUAAGCCAGAAAUAUAUUUUUAGACACG